AGAGAGAGAGGGGGGUUUUUACACACACACACGCGCGCGCGCGCGGGAGAGGCCUGUCCGAGCCGAGCCGCCCACUGCUGAGCGAAGCUUAAUAGACUAAAGGAGGAAAAUGAGUCUGCGGAAACAGACGCCCAGUGACUUUCUAAAACAGAUCAUUGGAAGACCAGUGGUCGUCAAACUAAACUCGGGCGUGGAUUAUCGAGGGGUCCUGGCGUGUCUGGAUGGAUACAUGAAUAUAGCAUUGGAGCAGACAGAAGAAUAUGUAAAUGGUCAACUGAAGAACAAGUACGGUGAUGCCUUUAUUCGAGGCAACAAUGUGUUGUAUAUAAGCACACAGAAGAGGAGACUAUGAAGACUUUUUGCACCAUCAGUUUUGUUUUGGAUUAUUUUUGUGUUGGGUGUGGAAUAAGCUCUAGUUCCUUACACCUUUGACAUCUUCUGGAUAAAAACAAUGUAUGUGAUUUUUUUUGUGUGUGCAGUAAAUGUCUUGGAUUUGAAAGCCUUUUUUUUUUGCAUUUUCUUAACUAUUUGGUUGUCUCGUUUUAUUUUGAAACGUAUUUGUUACGGGAGUAAGUAACAGUAAUGAUGCACAACACAGAUGAGAUGCCGCACAGGUAGAGCUGAACCUCUGUAUUGUAUUAGGGUAAAUGGGUAACUUGUUUCUUAGAGAAGUUAAUUUGCUUUGCUAAACUUGUAGUGAAGACAUAGCACCAAAUAAAAGGAUUGAUUUACACGUC